AUGUCUUUACCUCAAGGUGUUUCCGAAAAUAAGAAUAUUAAUAAUAAUUCUAUUGCUGUUUCUUUAGAAAAUAUUAAUGGGCAAAAUCAACAACAGGCUUCUUCUGUACAGUUACAGCAAAAAUCAAAAUCUGGUAUGGAUCUUUAUUUUGAUCAAAUAACUAGCUACAUAGGGAAACAUCCUUUUGUUACUGGAGUAGGGAUUUUCUUUACCCUAUAUGCAUCUGCGGGUUUUUAUAGGUUUGUAUCCAUUAAGAUGAGCGGAGGCAAAGCUGCCACACAAUAUUUAAAAGGUGGGUUUGAACCAAAGAUGACUACAAAAGAGGCAUUACAAAUUUUGAAUUUACAAGAGAGUAAUCUAACGAAGAAGAAGUUGAAAGAAGUUCAUAGAAAGAUAAUGUUAGCAAAUCAUCCAGAUAAAGGUGGAUCUCCAUAUGUUGCUACAAAAAUAAAUGAAGCUAAAGAUUAUUUAGAAAAAAAAGGUAUUGUAAGAAAAUAA